UAUGCACCUAGGCGGGGGGAGUACAAAAGACUUCAGCAGAAAAAACAAACAAACAAUUUUUCUUCAUCAGACUUGGGAGUCGGUGGAAGCUGGAUGGCAUUUCGGUCUGGCGACUCGGGGGGCGAUUCCGCGGGCGACGCCGCCCGCUGCCCCGCAGCGGAGGCGGAAGGCUGGACGGAGGUGCGGCCUGACGAGGGGUGCGCGCGGUGGAGCGCGCCGUCUGGGGGGCGGCCUCUCGCCCCGUCCUUCUCCGGCAGCAGGUUCUGGGCUCUGGAGGGGGUCAACUCCGACGGCGACGACGAUGAGCAAUGGGCACCGCUGGGCAGACAACAGGACUCUGAUCUUCAUCGCCAAGCUCUUUGCCGUCUUCGCUUAGUUUACGCCGAGUCCCGCACGCCGUCGUCCGCGCCGUCUGCUGUCGCAUAGGGAUGGGCAGCUCCUUUUGGUUGUAGUUUCAGCCGAGCCUGCGUGCUCGUUUCGCUAGGCCGGCCGUGCCUUGUAACGUACUUUAUUCCUCCUCUGGCUGCAGUUUCCUAGACCUGCUCGUCUUUUGUUUGGUACCGUGUGUUGGUCAUGUGGUUGUCAUACGCUGCCUAUGUUGUGGGCUUUAUUAAUUUAAAGCCGGACGUCCCUGACGUCUAUGUUCUAAAAAAAAAAUUAGAGUCUACUAGAGGGUGAUGCACGCUUUGCCACGCCGUUCCUUCGGUAGUAAAGUCUCGAGUGAAACCUGAGGAGACAAAGAGAAGGGCAACAAUUAAGAAGAUGCAAACAUAAGGCGAAAUGAAACGUUGGGUUUAAGUGAGGGUGGGCCAUGAGGAGCAAUGACUAAUUAACAGGUGAAAACAGGUGCAGGUAGAAACAGGGUUAGAUAUCUCUAGAAAACUAAAUGUUUUUCUAAGGUAAAAGUUGUCUUUUGAGGAAACAAAAUUUGAAGGAAGAAAAAUUUAUUUUCUAUUUUUAUUUAAGAACUACUUGAAAUUUUCAGUCUGGUUGCGAGGUCUUAAUAGUGAGUAUGAAUCAUAGUUCCAUUUUUUUGAUCCACCAUUUAAUUUAAUUCCUUGUUCUUACAUUAAAAUUCUUACACUAAAGAAUGGAUCAAAUCUCCCCAAGUAGGAUUCGAACCUAUGACCAGUCAGUUAA